GCUGUUGUUGUGUGAUUGUUUAUAACAAUUUGUUUAAAAAGUUUCUGAUUCCUCAUCUUCUGACAUUUUAUAUUGCUUAGAUUAUUAGAUAUUUAUCAUUUCGAAAAUGUUGCGAAAAAUUAAAUUAAAUGGUUUAUUCAAGGAACCUGGUCAAUCAUCAAGGCUACUUGACAGUGUUUUUAAAAGCAAAGGGUUAUCUAUUAACCAGUUAUCAAAUAACAGUAGUUCACCAUCAACAGCUAUAUUUAUGUUAAAUAUGGGUGGACCAAAGGAUUCCAAGGAAGUUGAACCUUUUUUGACAAGACUAUUUCUUGAUCGUGAUAUAAUGACUCUUCCAAUGCAAGAUAAAUUAGGUCCGUGGAUUGCUAAAAGAAGAGCUCCGAAAGUGGCCGAGAAAUACAAUCAAAUAGGUGGUGGAUCUCCGAUUAAAGAUUGGACAGAUAAGCAAGGCUCUCUUAUGACACAAAUUUUGGAUAAAAUCAGUCCUGAAACUGGUCCUCACAAGCAUUACAUUGGAUUUCGUUACACUGCUCCUUUAACCGAAGAUACUAUCAUGCAAAUGGAAAAUGACGGUGUUAAAAGAAUUGUCGCCUUUUCUCAGUAUCCGCAAUACAGUUGCAGCACAUCGGGUAGUAGUUUAAAUGCUAUUGCUAAAUAUUUUGCUGGCAAAACACCUUCUAUAAAAUGGAGUUUUAUUGACCGCUGGCCUUUAAAUAGUGGCUUGAUUGAAGCUUUCAGAGAUUUGACUAAUAAGGAGUUACAAAAAUUUCCGGAAUCCGUUCGUGACGAUGUUGUGAUCUUGUUCUCAGCUCAUGCUCUACCAAUGUCUGCUGUAAAUAGAGGAGAUCCUUAUCCAACAGAAGUUGGAGCUACUGUAAUCAAAGUAAUGGAGGCACUUAACUGGUCACAUCCUUACCGGCUAGUUUGGCAAUCUAAAGUUGGUCCAGCAGCCUGGUUAAGUCCUCAAACUGAUGAAGCUAUGGAAGGAUUUGUAAAAAGAGGACGGAAAAACUUUUUAAUCGUCCCUAUAUCAUUUGUUAAUGAGCAUAUAGAAACUCUUCAUGAACUUGACAUUGAAUAUGCUCAUGAAUUAGGAGAAAAACUCAAAGUCGAAAAUAUUCGUCGGGCUCCAGCGCCUAACGAUCAUCCAGCAUUUAUAAAAGGAAUGGCCGAUUUAGUCAAAUCGCAUUUAAUUUCUGGUCAGACUUGUUCUCGUCAAUUGUUAUUACGAUGUCCUCUUUGCACCAAUCCUGCUUGUUCACAAACCAAGUCUUGGAUUGGUUCUCUUUCUUGAUCGCGACAUUAAUCUAAUGAAUCUUGACAAGCUUCCCAUUCUCAUUUGGUUCCCUUGGAUUAUUAGAAAAUUAAUCAAAUAAUUAAAAAUAGUCUUGACUAUAUUGGCUAUUUUUAUCAUUUUCAUAUGAAAAUGCUGAUCCAAUUCUUAUUUGUUUCACAAUUUUCAUAGUUAAUCAUCAGUUGAACUAUUGGAUUUUCAUUUUUCCGUUUUGUAUUGGAAAAUGGUUGACUUUUACGAAAUUAAAUGGUUGUCAUUAUGUUAUUUGCUAACUUAACUUGGACAUUCUUUGAUU